AAGUUGGAACGGUUCAAAAUUAAAUAGAUCCUAUUAACUUGUGACCCGGACCUGCCCUUUCUGAGAUAUUUUGCAGUUGUCUUUAGGGUUAUUUAAUAACUUACGCUGAUGUCACUGGUACUGAUAUUAUGCAUUGCUGACGCCACUUCUUGCCUGGAUCUUGCGUUUACUGACAUUCUUUGAUUGUCAUUGCCAACAAUUGUAAUGAUUUUUGUCUGUAUCUGGUUUGUACAGUCAUCUUGCUCAUGGCUCUGGGAAUGUUGCAACCUAGCUCCUCCGAUCCGUAAUGUCUUUUCUGUUUUGUUCAAAAACUUGAGAUUUCAGUGAUACUUAUAGCAUAUGCUAGCAUAUAUAUGUAUUUUUAAUUUUUUAUCUGCAGAAACCGUCAAACUGACGUGUUGAGUCUCUUUUAGCUGUGUGGCCUUUGUGUAUGCUUUGUAGCGUUUGAUACUGAAUUGCGGCGACUCUUCGCCGCUCGCCAUCAGUUAUGGAAACUGCCAAGUGUCAACUUUGUUUAAGCAAGCACAAAGGUCACGCAAGUUGUUACAACCCGGCGCCUCUAGUAACCAACGGAUCCGCUAAAAGAUGCAGAAUUAAUAACCAAAGGUAAGAACGCAAAAAAAGCUUACUGCUAAGCUAAGCACGUUCGAUAUCCAGCGCGCGUAUUGUUUCGAAGACGCGACGCAUUUACUAGAACGAGCUGGUGGGAGUGUUUUGCAUCUAAGUUUAUGUUAUGUUUUAACAACUAAGAGGGUUUUGCUCUCGUGCUAUAUGGCAACAAUAUAACAUUUAAUGAACCCUGUCGCUGAAACGGCGAUAAGCACUUCUUUGGCGCAACUAAGACGGAAGCAUGUGGGUAGGUACGAGUGCUCCCGUUUUAACGUGAUUUUUGUAGAAUUGUUGUCAUCACGUAACUCUUAGCGGAUUAAAAAAGCAUGGACGCGUGGGUCUGGUCACCCGGUGGUGCAGUACGACCAGGGUGAGUUGAUUUUCCUUAAUUCAUAACUGCAGUUAACUGGUUCUGUAAAAGCCCUUCAGUAGUGGUUCAGAGUUCAGACGUACCUAUCUGUCUUCUACCAAGUGAGUAAUUAUGACCCGCACCAAAUAUGGGUAUAUUGAAUUUUCAGAAACCUGCCACUUUUCGUGAGUAGUCAUUGUAGAACGAUACAAGUAAGACUUUAUGCACAUUCGAUCGUAUCCAGCCACUACGUUCAUUACAUUAAUGUGUCAAUUUCCCGUUCCACCUGUUGAGUCACUCGGUCUUAGAUUGUUCUACUCGUAUGCAUAUAAUGAAAUGUCUCCUCGACACACAACGCUAGUGUUAGGUCGCCGUAAUCACACCGAAACAGAAUUUGAUCAGCAUCUAUACGAGUACUUCGUGAUUUUGCAUUGUGUGAGGUACAUAUGGUUGUGUGUUAAACACAGUAUAAUAUUAUUGUAUAGUAGUUGCUGGAAUUGUUUAGGGAAAGAGUUGUAGAAUAGUAGAAGGAAGUUUUGAAUGGUAAUUUGUUAGUCCUAGCAGAGCACAAUAAUUGCCACACAAGACGGCCAUUCAGCAAAAAUGGCAGCGGAUACAGAUAAGCCUUGUGGGACAACGGAAACAGUUCCAGUAAUCAUGCUGACUGGCUUACCCCAGGAUAAUGAAGCAGCAGAAACUACAUUCUUUAAAGCCCUCGCUACCAGGGCGACGAAGACUUGGAUGUGGGCAAUUUGGGGAUUGUUUUCUUAUUUAUUGGACACGGCAAGUGACUGGUAUCUCGUCAUUGCCUAUUUCUCAAUGCAAAAAAUUGUGUGGGGAUGUCUGACGUUGGCAUUUAUCGUGGUGCCACAAGUGAUUAUUGCAGCCGUUGGUAUUUUAUCGAUUCAGCUCAUUGACCUUAUAAACACCGCUCACAAAUACGACGUUGAGAAAGCAGGAGUUGAAACAACGAAACCUCCGAAGAAGCAGUCUCAAAGACCCGGUAUUUUGUUCUAUGUCAUCUAUUUUAUACUGCACAUUCUUCAGUUUGGUCCAGUUUUUCGAUAUGUGAGCUAUUUUAAAUUCCACAUCAGCCUCGCCACCACCGACAUCUAUAGCUAUGAUGCUCUGAUUUGGGUAUUUGUCAAUGCCGUUACCGCUAGAAUGCGCUUCCUGGAAUCCUGCCUCGAAGCCAUGCCGCAGCUGCUUUUGCAGAUGUACAUUCUGAUCACAGUGACCUUAAUGAGCACCCCAUUCACCUGGACGUCCCUGCAAGGCAUGCAAGUCAUCUCCAUGAGUGUCUCACUCCUCUCAGGAGCUGCAGGCGUGGCACUAGUUCACGACGAUGUAGUGAUACGAGAAGGUCGUUGCAGUAACGUCAACGGAUGUAUCCCAUCUUAUGAAACAGUAUUUCGCCUAGUGCACUUUGUCGGGCGACUAUUCAUUCUAACCGCACGCUGCGCGGUUCUCGCAGCAACCUUCAGCUGGUCGACAGUGACAGGUUUCAUAGUCUGUGUAUGGCAUGUGCUCUUAAUGGCUGUGUGUGUGUAUUUCUUCAACCUGGGAAGCAACAGCGCUUCCCGCCUCUUUGAUUUACACGACCUCCCUAACCGACCAAUUCCACGUGUCUUGCGACACACAUACCGAUUCGUGUUAUUGCCGUUCUCGUACCUAUUUGACUAUGUCGACGAAAUGGAUAAGAACGAAGCAGACCCAAAACGGAGUUCUUUUCCUGUUGUUUAUUACUUUGUGCAUGGGGUGGAGAACAUUGUAUUAUCGACCAUUUGGGCGAAAGUUGUGGGAAAUUUUGACAGUUUCAGCUGCCUGGUGACCGUUGCAGUGCUGAUGUUGUCGGCCAGCGGCAUAUGUGCUGUGCGAAUCUACUUCUACUUUUGCCGUGCAGUAAGGUAACCGCGCUGGAAGCCGUACCGAAGCCGGUGGCGUAUGCUCGCGAUCCUCCAUGUAUGAUUCGAUAAGGAUUUUUACGCGUUAUCACAAAGCAGAUCAGAGGUAAUACAAGGAAUGCGUGAAUACUUAAUCCAGACUACACCAAGCAAAGCAUAUCAGGAUGUGCAGUGGUAUAGUUGUACUCAUAUACUUUUGCUUUUAAUCAGUUUUUACCGAUUCGGGUCCUUAGAAAAACCAAAGAUUAAAAAAAUAUCACCCAAAACGCGUCACUUACCACUACAGUCACCAUGUACAUCCCCAACUGUAAAACCAAGGCUUGGUUAGCGCAUUUUAUUAACCUAUCACGACGCGGUGAUACCAAAAUUUAUGGUUGUAUUGGUACCUGCGCAAACACGACAGAAAAGUUUUUGACUUUUAGCAACUGUCCAGCUACCAGAAAACAAAUCCCAAUAGGAGCCAACCUUUGAAUUAGAAAGCAAUUCAGUCGAGUUUUGUACCCGUUGAGAGAACCGAAUCGUGUUCGUAACCGAUUAAAAUGGUCACCAAAGCGGGAAAUUAUCGUACCACAUAAUCCAGUCGACAAUACGCAUGAUCACUUUGUUCAACGAACGGAAGAAGUCUGCAAAAGCUUUCCCGUCUAACUCCAUUCGAGUUAUAGCGACCCCUAUCCAUAAGUUAAACAUAAGCUCAUUAUCAAAAUUAAAGAAUAACAGCAAAAAGGAGUACUCGUACCGCAAACCAAACUGAAGACAACAAUGCCCAGGAUAUUGGUCCCAUCUACGGCCUUUCUUGAUAUUAUCCAGUCGCUGUAAUCUGUCACAAAAGCAGCCUGUCACGAUAGUCCGGAAUAACAACACGACCUUUACAGGCUCGCUGCAGUACCUUGGAUAACAAAGUGGUGGGUGGAGUUCCCGUUUGUAGCGUUGCUGUCGUUCAACAUAAUGAUAAAAGUGGAGGUUGUCGAUACCGUAGUGCUGGUUGUGGUGGCGCUUGUGCUGGUGACAUUACUGACGACAGCGACUACUUUAUUGGGCGCGUUACCGGAUUGGUUGUUGAUUAUUCGGCUUACCUGUGCGACACAAGCUUGUAUGAUGUUAGGCGGGAACAUAUUCCUGACCAAAUCCAUAAUCGUAUCGGCGGUCAUGGUGACCCGUCCCGUUCCAGGCGCCGGUUUUUGGGCCAGUGUAGCGUUUUCCCCGCCUCCGAUGUUGAAAUGACCGGGUCUUAUGAACGUCACCAGGCCGAUGCCGACACAUACAGCCAGAAAGACAGUAACCAAGUAGAAGAGGACAGAGCGCAGUCCGAUCUGGCCACUGACGGUGCACUGUAUGUUGGACAUGCCGCUGAUGAUGGACGAGAUCAUCAGAGGGAUAAUGACACAUUUCAGCAUGCUCAGGAAGAGCUCGCCGGGAAACAGCACGUACGAGACUUUGCGGGGGCUUUCGUGAAUACCCAGGGACCGCAACCCGAAAGCCAAUCCUGUCAAUCGGGACUUCCUGCAUUCUUACCAACUCCGCAACAUAUUCCGCCAAUAAGGAGGAUGAGUCUCAGAUUCCGUGCUAAUGCGAGCACACAUUUUUGGGCACGUGUCCUUUUCACGCGAUGUGUACACUCAGUACACUCAUCACGCCGCACAUCACACUCAUUGCACUCACAUUCGCUACAUCGAACUGUAUUGAACAUUAUUAUUCUUUAUAUUGAACAAUGAUAUCAAUAUCAAGUAAUAACUGCUAUAAUGCGCUUUUGCUUGCCGGUAUAUAAUUUAAAACGCUUUAGUUAUGGAAACGUGACUAUAAAAAAUGGUAAGGAAAGUGCCAGGACGUUGGUGUUUGACUGACAAUGAGUCAAGCAAAACCUGAUUUACAAUGAUUCCGCGCAGAUAUACCAAGAUAUUUAUCAUUUUGUUUUUUUAAUAAUCACAGACGUCAGUCGCUGCCGGGGGGCUAUCCUUACAUUAUAGCACUUUACAGACGGUUUUGCUGGAAAAAUUUGCCGUACCGGGGGUGUGUUUCAAUGCACCAGUGGCGAGUUAGUAAAAU